GGUAUCAUUACUACCUACCCCUACUUCUUUGAUAACCUGCACAACUACAUCUAUGUCCAGGAGGUGGCAACAGCAGGGACCCUUGAAUCCAUUAUUGUUGAGAAGGUAAGAAAAAGAAGCUAAACAAUUGCUUUGGAAUAAUCUCAGUGGUAUUUUUCAGCAGAUUAGUAACAAUGCAUGGUCUUGUUAGAGUUUCUAUGCUAAUUUAGGCAUGGGCAACUUAAUAUCCUAUGUACUAUAACAAAAUCUGGCAGAGGAGAUUUGCUGGAAUUUUAUAAUCACCAAGAACAGGAAGGCCACUGGUUACCAACACCUGUUCUAGCUGCAUCUUAGUUUGGUUAAAUAAUUAUCAAUGUUCAGGUUGAUUUCAUUUAAUAACACAGCCAUCUCCAUAAAAAAUGCUAAUUACUUUGUCAACUCUUGCCGAAUAUUGAGAAAUCCUUGAACUGGAUGUAUGACAUACAUUGAUAAUUAAACAAGUAUGUAAAUCAUUGCUUACAACAUAAUAACCAAUAUUUGAGGAAUACUUUUGCUAGAGGAGAGUUAUCAGCUGAUUUAUUAAAAGGUUUUUGAAAGUGAUAUUGGUAAAUGUGUUUAUUUUUCUCUACUUGAUAUUUUACUUAAAUAAUUGUUUUUCUAAUCUUCUAGGUUGGGUUACCAGGAUACAUUGUGAAGCGUUGUGCUGCUCAGAUUUCCGAAGCAUUAUUUUUCAUUCAUAAUCAAGGGUUGGUGCAUAGAGACCUGAAACCAGACAACAUCUUGCUUAUGGAUAAAGAAUGCCACAACAUCAAGAUCGGAGAUUUUGGUCUAACAGAACGUUUUGGUAGAUUCAUCCCAUCGAUGUCUCAUAUAAUACCAUACAUGGCACCUGAGCUUUCUAUUCUGGAACCUAACCAGUAUCUACACUUGGGUCCAAGUAUUGAUGUCUGGGCAUUUGGAGUCACCCUGUAUGUAGCUCUCACUGGCUGCUUUCCAUGGCUGGAAGCUGUAAACAGAGACCAUCAUUUCCAGAUAUUUGCAAGCUGGAAAACAUACGGCGAGUUAGACUCUCCCCCUGUUUCCUGGCAGAGUUUCACCAGGGAAGCAUUGGUUAUGUUUUCCAGUUUACUUUCACUGGAUCCUUCCUUUAGAAUGUCUGGUGGUAUUGUUUACAAUUACCUGCAUGUACCAUGGAAAUACAAAGAGCUGAACAUUAAUAG